AUGUUGAAAGCCUGCCUGGGGAGCGAGAGACGCUCCGAACCAUCUGGAGAGCUGGGCUGCUCUGGGACGGACAUCUGCCGGCAGCUGAAGGGGAAGAAAGGUGAGGCGGGGCCAGGCACGGCCCAGGGCCGCUUCCGAGUGUGGACCCGCUGCCUCAGGCCAGCUCCGCACAACUCAGAGAGGUCUCCUCACUCCUUUUAUUUACGCGAGAGGAACUGCCCUGUGGUCACCCCGGGAGUUUCUGAUGGGAUGACACGGCGAUGA